UGUGCAGUUUAAAAGCUUGUGUCAGGCCUCAGGAAUACACACAGAGGAUUGGAGAGGAGGUCUGAAGCCUUACCACUGCUCCCUCUCUCUCGCUCUCUCUGCCACAUUAAACUGAGCCUAAUGAAAACAAUCUGCUAGUUAAAUACCCAGCUGGCUCUGCUCAGACUCCAGACCCAAGGAGAAGGAGAAGAAGAAGAAGAAGGAAGGAGGGGGAGGAGGGAAGCUCUCCUGACAGCACAAAAAACUUUUUCCAGAGGGGUUUUUUUUUUGGCAAGAAAAUCUGAAGCAGCAAGCAGGAGCAGCACAAGCAGCAGCACUUCAGACAAAGAGGCUGAAAAUAAGAAAAGAUCGUUUUCAUCCUGAAGGAUCUCCUUCACUUCUCCAGCUCUCCCCACAGAGGAAACACUUUCAUCUUUUACUACAGCAGCUUGGAAUUGUUUCUUGUGCAACUAUGAGGAACUCUUUGGUUCUUCUCCUGACCUUGACGUCUCUUGUCCUGCUGUGGUGCCGCUGCUGCAACUCGACCCCCCUUGCCUACACCUUGACAUCUGCAGAGCAGAGCGGGGAUGAUGAGUCUGAGAGCCCCACCUUCAGCGCCCACACCACUCUGAGCACCAUCAGCAUCUCCACCAUCAGCAUUUCCACCCCAAAGACCUCCAACGGCACCCGAGUCCCGGUCAAGCCCUUCAACCUCCAGCUGAUCGUGGACUUCCUGCGGGAGAACAUGCUGCUGAUCGUCGUGGUGGCCUCUCUGCUGGCCAUCAUCAUCUUCAUCGCGUGCUGUGCCUCCAUCCUUCGGCACAAGCGCAAAGGCAACGCCUACUACCCUUCGUCCUUCCCUGCGAAGAAAUACGUGGACGAGAAAGAUAUGUCAGGAGGCGGUAGGAGCUUCAACGAGAUCCCAGCCAAGCCUCCCAGCUCCCAGCAAGAGGAGCAAGUGGACUCCACCAAGCAGCUCCAAGCCGACAUCAAAGCAGCCGCCCAGAAUCUGAGAUCACCCUCCAAGGCCCCACUGUGCGAGCAAGAACCCAAACCCACCGAACAGAAGCCAGCUGCAGAACAGAAACCCCAGCAGGCCCCCCCUGCCUCUCAAGAACCAGCCAGCGAGCCCCACAAUACUUCUCCUCCAGAACCCUCCAGUCAGCCUCUGGAUCCUCCUUCUCAGCAGCCUCCCAGCCAACCCCAGAUUCCUGUCAAUACAGAGCCAGAGCAAAGCCCCAAUCAACCCCAAGACUGCUCCAACCAGACGGUAGACUCAACCCCUCCAAAACCAAAGGAAGAGCCCCCUGCUCCAGCCCAGGCACUCAAUCAGGAUGACGCUCAGGCCAGCCCUACCAAUCAGACAGCUCAGGAGGCGGUGAAGCCCGCCCCCCAGGAGACGCAAGACACCCCCCCUGCUGAUCAGCAGCCUGCUGUUGCCCCAAGCGACCAAACACAAAGUACUGAAGCCCUGACACCCCAAACUAUUUGCGGGGAGACCACAGCAUUUUAAAAAGGGACAACCGGUAGUCUUUCACAGCUUUCAAAGGCCUUGAACGCUAAAACAUCUCCACUGCAAAGCAAAUAAGAGGGACAUAUUCUGGACAGACCUGUAUCAUUAUAUUUUCCCCAUCAAGGUCAUGAUUUAAAUGUCUUUUUUAUAUUUUCCACUGUAAAGAUCAUAUCCCGUUAUGCAAGGCUAUGGAAGGAAGACGAGACCCGUUUUCAGUUGUCUGUCACACAUUGUAUUAAAUUAAAAGCUAAUACCAAAACCUAGAAAAGCCAAUUCUAAUGAAAAUACUGUGGCUGGCAGUGCCGGCCCUCUUGUACAAAUCAGGAUGCAUUAGAUUGCUUUUGAUGAUCCUUUUUUUUUCUUUCUUCAUUGUUACAUAGAAGAACAUAUCUGGCAUUAGCAUUAGCAAGCCUGUAAAAGUUGUAAAAGUUGCUUGAUUUUCUUCUUUAUUAGACAAGUAGAUCAGUAUUAUAUUUAAUUGUCGACAAAACUUUAAACUAAGUGCCUUCUGUAUAUUAGUGGAAGCGAGCAUGAAUAGUGCUGUUCCGAUGGAUAUCUGUAAAGUUUGAAUGUGUACCCACGCUAAAUUAUGUUAGACACUAACAGUAUUAUAGAUAAACACCAUGAAAUGUGCUUUGGGAUCGUGAAGGCAACAAUUACUUAUGACUUCUGUGAAAAAGAUCACAAGCAGUACAAACAAAAACGUUUCACUCAAAACUCAAAUUCCAACCAAAAAACAUUUAACUUUGUUUUAUGGCGGUGUUCCAUCAGUAUUAAUUGUUUUUGUUAUUUUAUAAUGUUUUUAUUGUAUUUUAUCAUUUUGUAAUAAAUGUAACCCUGUUCUGUCUCCUGGAAUGUUUUUGUAUUUUCAGAAUCAUAUGUCAUUUGUGAAUGAGGCAGGUUGUUUGUCUCCUUUUUCAAAAAUAUUUUCUGGACUAAGAGAAAUAAAACUUUUUGUUGAUUACAA